UUAGCCCAGCUAGUUGGCAUUGUAUAUUUCAUGCAGCUCGUUAACUUUCACUUCGGUUACAAGGGGCGGAGACAAAGGCAAAUCGCAAUACGAUUUCAAGAAAAGAUCAGGAUCGGGAUCAGGAUCUCAAGAGCGGGAAUCGAGAUCGGCAUUAAGAUCGGGAGUGAUGUGAAUACGAUACAAACGCCAAGAGAAUGGCAUCCAAAUACGAGCGCAUACUGAGCGAUUGCAGGGCGAAGAACGUGCUGUGGGAAGACCCCGAUUUCCCCGCGGUUCAGUCGUCCGUCUUCUAUUACCAAACGCCUCCGUUCACCUUCCAAUGGAAACGUAUCAUGGAUCUGGCGGACAAUGGAUCGGGAUCGGGAUCAGGAUCGCAACCUGUAUCUGCACCGGUGUUCCUCAACGAGACGGCCGAAUUCGAUGUGGUGCCUGGUAAAAUGGGUGAUCGCUGGCUGGUCUCCUGCCUGGGGCUGCUCAGUUCGCUGAGGAAUCUCUUCUACCGCGUGGUGCCCGCCGACCAGACCCUGACCAGUGCCCACGGGGUCUUCCGCUUCCGGUUGUGGUGGUGCGGCGAGUGGGUGGAGGUCCUGGUCGACGAUCGACUGCCCACCAUCAAUGGUCGCCUGGCCUUCAUGCAGCCACAGGCUUCGAAUUGCUUCUGGGCCGCUUUGUUGGAGAAGGCCAUUGCCAAGCUGCACGGCUCCUACGAGGCCCUCAAGUACGGCACCCGUUCGGAUGGACUCACCGAUCUCCUCGGCGGCGUUGUCCGGCAAAUGCCCAUCCUGGCGGACACCAUCCGGCCGCAGACUCUGAAGGAACUGCUGACCACCACCUGCAUCGUCACCUGUCUGGCGGACAAGAGCGCCUCCGUGGCCAAGAAGAAUCUCGCCGAGCGCAUGCCCAACGGGAUACUGGUGAACGUCAACUACAGACUCUCCAGCCUGGACAAGGUGAAGACCCUGAUGGGCGACUCGGUGCAACUGGUGUGCCUGAAGGACACGUUCUCGAGCAAGCCGUUUGGCGAGAAGACGCACUUCCUCGGCGACUGGGCGCCAUCGUCCAAGACGUGGGAGCGGGUCUCGCAGGUGGAGCGGGCGCGCCUCAUCCGCCAGCUGGGUCCCGGCGAGUUCUGGCUAUCGUUCUGCGACUUUGUGGAGAUCUUCACCAUCAUGGAGGUGGUGUACCUGGACACGGAGACGUCCAACGAUGAGGAGAUGCUCAAGAGUCGCCCGCUGCACUGGAAAAUGAAGAUGCACCAGGGUCAAUGGAAGCGAGGCGUCACCGCCGGUGGUUGUCGCAACCAUGAGUCCUUCCACAUCAAUCCCCAGCUGCUGAUUUCGGUGCAGGAUCAACAGGAUCUGGUGGUGGCGCUCAAUCAGCACACGGCCGUGGAACCCAAGGUCAUUGGCUUUACCAUGUACAACUGGGAUGGCGACUACAUGCUAAGCGAGUGCCUGCAAAAGGACUUCUUCAAGAACCACGUGAGCUUCCUGAACUCGGACUAUGGAAACACGCGGCACGUUAGCUAUCACACGCAUCUGGAGGCGGGUCACUAUGUGCUCAUACCCACCACCUAUGAGCCGGCGGAGGAGGCCCACUUCACGGUCCGCAUCCUGGGCACAGGAUCCUUUCGGCUCUCCUGCCUGGAGACGCAGACUAUGAUUCUGCUCGAUCCAUUUCCGGCGCUCAAGAGCACGGAUACCUCGGAUCGAUGCUCUGGUGGGGGGCAGAAGGUGAAGAGCGUGUGCCAGUAUGAGCCGGUCUACAUGCAGCUGGCGGAUGAGAACAAGACCAUCAACUGCUUCGAGCUCCAUGAACUCCUAGAGGCCUGUCUGCCCAAUGACUACAUCAAGGGUUGCGCCAACAUCGACAUUUGCCGGCAGGUGAUCGCCUUGCAGGACAGAAGCGGCAGUGGCAGGAUCACCUUCCAGCAGUUCAAGACCUUUAUGGUUAAUCUGAAGUCCUGGCAAGGCGUCUUCAAGAUGUACACCAAGGAGAAGGCGGGCAUCCUGCGGGCGGAGCGUCUGCGCGAUGCCCUCUGCGACAUUGGCUUCCAGCUGAGCACCGACAUCAUGAACUGCCUGAUCCAGCGAUACAUCCGCAAGGAUGGCACUCUGCGGCUCAGCGACUUCGUCUCGGCCGUCAUCCACCUGACCACCGCCUUCAAUCAGUUCCACCUGAAGAACUACAGCCAGGUGAAUGUGAUCGAGGUCCACCUGCACGACUGGAUAAAGAGCAUACUGAGCUGCUGAGCUUAUGGAACCCCUCUUUGGGUACCUUUUUUUUUGGAAAUCUCCAGAUUUCUUUUGUUUUAAAUAAGGAUGCUACAAGGAUCGAUCGCCAGUUUCGCUUGAUUUCUGUUUAUAUGGUUUCCUUCUCUCCAAUCCAAUAUAUCUUUAAUCUAUCAUUUUUUUUGUAAUCCUAAUCUUAAGAUUUCCUGGUUUAACCCUAGCUAACCCUUCCCAAA